CCCGUAUUACCGGAAGUCUUGCGCUGGCUAUUGACAGCGCAACAGAAAAUGAUGGCAAGUUACCUCCUUCAAUCGUGGACUAAUGCCGCUCCGGUGAGGACAUAAUAUGAUCGACUACACAACGUUCGAGUUUUAAAAGGAAAAAGUCCUUUGGCUCUCUUUGCUUAUUUGUUCACCCUCAAACGACGCCGCCGUCGUAGCUGGUAGCAGUGAAACAUAGAACGACUAAGUUGACGUCGUGGGAGUGCGGUACUGUCCUGGAUUUGGAUAAUAUGGCAAAUCGGCACGACUCUUUGGACAGGCGAACUGAGGAUGGAGUUGACCGCAAGACGAAAGUGACGCCAUUUCAAGCCCUGGAACAAUGCUAGCAGAAGGGGAAAGCGUGUUUUUCCACGUUUGCCUUGUGGAGAUGUUGGCCAUUCCUACACGUCAGCACCUCUCCAGACAACGACAGCAUUCAUACAGCAACACUCCGUCCACCGCAGGUUUAAAUUCUUAAAACAGUGGACAUGCCGCUCAAAUUCAGGAGACAGUGGACAAUCGUCCUGUUCGGUCUCAUUCUCGGAUUCACUGCGUGUUCUUGGUUGAUUCUCCCCCAGGUUCUGGAGGGUAAACGUAACGAAUCCCCCUCAUGUUCGUUCAAGAGCGAAUCCGCAGUCGGGAAAGUCUCGGGGAACCUCGCGGACUCGGCGGCCGUCGACGAGCGGGCCACUCGGGUUGCCCGCAACGAGGCGAGCAGUCGCGUCUUGAGGCGACCCGAGCACUUUCUCUACGUGGGCGUGAUGACGGCCAAGAAGUAUCUGGCUUCCCGAGCCGCGGCCGCCCACGACACCUGGGCGCGUUCGAUUCCCGGAAAGGUGGAGUUCUUCUCGAGCGCGGGCUCCGACCACGUGCGCCUCCCUGCGCCGAUCCCGGUGAUCUCACUCCCAGGCGUGGACGAUUCUUAUCCGCCACAGAAGAAGUCGUUUAUGAUGCUGAAGUACAUCCAUGAUCACUACCUGGAUAAAUACCAGUGGUUCAUGCGAGCAGAUGAUGAUGUGUAUAUAAGAGGUGAGAAGCUGGAGUUGUUUCUGCGUUCUCUGAACAGCAGUAAGCCUCUUUACCUUGGACAGACUGGCCUUGGCAUGGCAGAGGAGUUGGGCAGACUAGCUCUUGAGCCUGGGGAGAACUUCUGCAUGGGUGGACCGGGCAUGAUCUUCAGCAGGGAGGUUCUACGCAGGAUGACACCACACAUUGGUACUUGUCUCAGGGAGCUGUACACAACUCAUGAGGAUGUGGAAGUGGGCCGGUGUGUACGACGCUUUGGAGGGACGCAAUGCGUGUGGUCCUAUGAGAUGCAGCAGCUAUUCUAUGAGAAUUACGAACACAAGAAAGGUUUCAUCGAAGAGCUGCACAGUAGCAAGAUCCACAAUGCCAUCACACUACAUCCCAACAAAUGGCCUGCUUACCAGCACCGACUCCAUAACUACAUGUUGACCCGCGAGAUCUCGAGGCUGCGCUACGACACCAUUCUGCUCCAUCGGGAAGGCCUGACUAUGACGCAUCUCAGUGACACGGAAAUGUCGUGGGAGGACGAGCAACUGGGAGGACCACCGUCCUACAUGCGUUAUCAGCCCAGCCAUCGAAAUGACGUCAUCGAGUGGGAUUUUCUGACGGGGCGCCAUAUUUAUUCCGCUGUUGAAAACAAGGUUGCCCGCCAAAGCCUGGGAAACUCACUCCGGACUGCGUUGGAAGACAUUAUACUCCAGGUCAUGGAAAUGAUUAAUGAAAAUUCCAAAAGUCGUGGACGCGUAAUAGAUUUCAAAGAGAUUCAAUACGGCUACUACAGAGUGGAUCCAAUGCAUGGGGCUGAAUACAUCUUAGACUUACUGCUUCUGUACAAAAAACACAAGGGACGUAAAAUAACUGUGCCUGUGAGGCGCCACGCAUACCUUCAGCAGUCCUUUAGUCGACCUUUCUUUCGUGAAAGCGAAGAGUUAAAUGUGGCUGACCUCGUGACUGCGAUCAACUCCGAAUCCCAGUCCCUGUCUUUUCUGCCCAACUCUCUGAAAUUCUUAUCUCCUUUUCAGUUCUAUGAGUCAACCAGGGAAAUAUGGGAGCAAAGCCAGAGGAAAGUCAACGUCCUCGUUCCCCUGUCUGGUCGCUAUGACACCUUUGUCCGUUUUAUGGAAAACUUUGAAAAAGUCUGUUUGAUACCCAAACAAAAUGUGAAACUCUCUGUGAUUCUGGUGGACAAUGAGCGGUAUGAGAACAAAGGAAAACAUAUACAGUUAAUCAAAGAGUACAACCGGAAAUACCCCAAAGCUGAUCUGUCGGUGAUUCCAAUGACUGGAAACUUUUCGCGGGGGUUUGCUCUAGAGCUGGGCUCCUCGUUGUCCGACAAUGGCACUCUACUCUUCUUUUGUGAUGUGGAUCUCAUCUUUAAUGCCGAUGCCCUGCAACGCUGCAGAGAUAACACCGUCCAAGGGAGACAGAUCUAUUUUCCUAUCAUAUUUAGUCAGUACAACCCCAAGAUAGUGUAUGCUGAAAAGGCCCCAAGAGAAAACAAUUUUGUUCUCACCAAGAAAGGUGGUUUUUGGCGUACUUACGGCUUUGGCAUAGCAUGUGUCGUCAAGAGUGAUCUGCUAAAAGCUGGUGGAUUUGACACUUCAAUUCUUGGCUGGGGACUGGAAGACGUAGACCUUUUCACAAAAGUUAUACAUUCCGGUUUGAAAGUGUUGCGAAGUCAGGAACCGGGAAUUAUUCACAUUUAUCAUCCUGUCCGUUGCAAUUUGAGUCUUGACCCAAAGCAACUCAAAAUGUGCCUGGGGUCAAAAGCGAGUACACACGCUUCGACGAUGCAGUUAGCAGAGCUGUGGAUGGAGAAACACAUAGGAAUUUAUAAUAAAACUUUAUCCUGACAUCGCAGCCUAUGUGCAUGCCGCCAUACAAAUUUACCUCAGUUCUAGAACACAGUCAGCAAAGUGUUGGUUUUGGAUGUAUUAGCUAGACUGAUUCCAAAGCACUCUGGGGCCUCAUGUACAAAAGGUGCGGACGUACAAAAACGUGGCGUUAUGUUCUUUUUCACGGCAACGUUCAGAUGUACGGAGAGCGAAAGGACCGUGGAAAUGCGCGGUGCCUCACGGCAACUUCAUGGCUGGCGUACGCACGUUUCUGCAGCUGUCGGUGCUUCGGCGACACUAAGAAAGUACGCCACGGUUUUGUGCAUACGCACCUUUUGUACACGAGGCCCCUGGAUAUUUUUGUGCUGACGACGUUUUCUGGAUUUGAGGGUACGCCGUGUUUCAGUCGGAAAUCCAAGCAAAUCUUUGUACAUGAGGCCCCAGGACACUGUUUUUUUUUCAAAGCAAAAGACCAGUUAAAUCACGUUUAUUUGGAGACUCAUUUGAAUAUGAAUAUUGGUGCAUUAACUUUGAACGGUUGGGAUUUACUUCUUUUUAUUGGCUGUGGACAGACAAGGUUGAGGUCCCGGUGAUCCAAUUCUGUUUCAAUGAUUCUUGCUAUGAUGGGUCCACCUCUAUUCCAUUGUUAGUCUUUCAAACACUUCUAUUUAAAAACAUUUAUAUUUUUUUUUUUAAAAGAGUUUGUCAAUAAAGAUUUUUAUAUGGUCUGAUGAUAUGAAAGUGA